AUGCAUUGCUUCUUCCCCAAGAAGCACAAGAACCACAGGAUCGUCCUGUGGUUGAUGGCUGGUGAAUUUCCGAUCACCAUCGUAAUGCUCACAUUAACGGGUAUCGCUUCACACAAUCUAUACCGGACGUUAUUAUGGCAGGAUGGCGCAGACAACGGAUUCAACAGUGCUCCCAAUGAGGCAUUAUAUGCGGCUGCAAAUUACAGACCGUUCACAGCCCCAAUGGUCUGGUCUUCAUUUAUCACCAACUAUAAUCUUGUGCUCGGCGUUCUGAGCACCUUCUUUUUGAUCACCAAGCUACCGGUUCAUUGGAUGCACCUGUUCUAUCCUCCUGUUGCGGUCGGCGUCCAUGGUUCCCUGAUCAUCCUCUAUCUCGUGUCGGCGAUUUACCAGGGUGGCUCCGACACAUCAGACCCUAGACAUCUCCAAUCGGGGGCACCAUGGUACAUCACAAAAAGCUGCAGUGUGGCUUAUCGCAAAUCCAAUAUUCCCUAUUGCAUGCAAGCCAAAGCGCUGUUUGCUGUCACAAUAAUCCUCAUUAUUUACUAUACAGUGAUCCUCGGCUUCAACAUUCACUCAUGUUUCAUCACACCCGAAGAGCGCGACGAAAUCCUGGAACAGAGGGAAGAACGUCGGAUUGAGAAGGAAUUCGAGGACGAGAUCAUCAAGUCCCCCGGCAUGAUUCCCAUGACUCCUGGCUCAAUGCCCCAAGGGCCCGGGAUGGUGCCUCGUACCCCAGGGAUCCCGCCGAUGGCUGUUGGAGGGGGCAUCUCACCUUUUGCUCCCCGCACCCUGGCCUUUAACCGACUUGGUAAUGGCAGCACCGCCUCUGACUUGCCACUGCGGGACAACCGCGCUCACCAAAGUCAAUACCCGUCUCCGCAAUCUCACGAAGUGAGCCCAGAGAGCGCGACUACUACAUCGCCAAUGUACUUCCCACCACCACCCAAGAAGGCUACUAGGGCUUAA